GUUGGAGCUGCAGAGGUAGGCCAACCCCUGCAUUGCACACAGCUUUGAAUUUAACUUCUCUGCAAAACUGAGCAGACAGUAGAGAGAAUCGUGCAGGAUUCUCAGGUGUAUGUUAAAUUUAAAACUAAAAAAUAUAUAUAUCUGUGGAAAACUGGGUUGUAAAAAUGUAAGCAAGCAGCACACGAGGAGCCAUGACUGAACCACGUGAUUAAAUGCGGAAAUUGACAAAGUGCAGCGGAAAAAAGACGCACGAGAAGAGAGGGGAGUGGAGGUUCUGCUGUCGGUUCGUGUGUUUUGAGCUGCUGGUGGAUCGAGCCGGACUCCUCCCCCCCGGACCAGACAACACGUCUGCAGACACGCACUGCACGUUUUCGGUUAUCUGCACAGUUAUAUGCACCAGCGUCGCCUGCAGUGAAUAAAAGUAAGGGUUGUUCUGAGGUCAGACUGCUGAGAUGACAACGCUGUGACAGUGUGUGUCCAAGUGUGUCGGUACUGGACCAAUUCCUGUGACAUGGCUGCUGCAAAGAAGAGUUGUGCGAAGGCAGGAGGUGUGCGCUUCUCAGAGGAACCCCCCGCCGCCGGACCCCCAUCACAUGUUCACUUCGACGAGAAGCUGCAUGACUCCAUCGUCAUGGUGACUCCCGAGGAUGAUGGCAACUUCAUGGUCAAGGUUGGCUUCCUAAAGACGCAGCACCGCUAUGAGAUAGUCUUCACCUUACCCGAGGUCCCAGCUCUGGGGAAGGAUGUGUGUCCGGCACCGGUACCAAGUCCACACCUCCGGAUCACUGAUAUCACACCGGCACCAGAGGGAGGUCUAAAGGUGACAUGUGAAUACAUGGCCCAGCAGGAGGGAGUUCUGUGUGAGGAGGCGCUGCUGCUGAGCGAGACCAACGAGGACGUCUGUGUUAAAGUGAAAGUUCAAGCCAGAGUCAUGGAUCGUCACCAAGGUACCCCCAUGCUGCUGGAGGGAGUCCGCUGCAUCGGGGUGGAGCUGGAGUACGACUCUGAACAGAGCGACUGGCAGGGAUUCGACUAAAGCUUGAGCUCAGUACACUAACACAGAUACACAAACACACACGUACAUGCCAUCAUUGAUUUAAACACACAACAAAUAGGAAAAAAAGAGUACACACAAAUGAUUUGGUGCCACAUAAUGCGUCCUGAGAACAUUUACAUACAAAAACAUUCCUCCGCUGCAACUUUCACAUCGACAGCAUCGAAACAGUUUGUCAAUUUCCUCCCAGUCUUUAUUUUCUUUUUUCUUUUUUUUUGUCACCAUGAUUUAUUCUGUUGGUAAUCUGUGUUUUCCUUACUGAACCUCUAGAGGGCAGCAGCACUCUUUGAAUCACUGCUUCUCCUCCUCUUGUGCUCCAUGUUCACUCUUUUCCUGAUGUGCAAACUGAAUCCCACAUGAAUUUAUAGGUGAGGGAGUAAACAAGGGCUCUUUUAUUCAUUAAGUAGCUUAAAAUUGAACGAUAGGACGGACUAUAAAUCUGCACAUUUCAAUGUUAAAGAGUUUAACUGCUGUGCCUGUAAUGUCUCUGUUUAACCACAAGGGGGCGAUGCAGACUACUGUAUGUAAAACUCAUCCAAUCUGAAGGCUGCUUCAGUGUGGUCACAAUUACAUUUGUUCUAUAGUUUUCUGCCCUUACUGCUACUACUUAAGUUCUUCAUUUUUUUGCAUUUUAAAGGAAAUCCCAAUGAACAUGUGUGAACUUAUUUCAAUAGUUGUAUGUGCGGAAAGCAUUUGCAGCAAUAAUAAUGGAAAGAGGGACUUCUACCAUGAAAAAACAGAAAGAGAACAAUGCUUCAAAAAUAUGUGUGCUAACUAUAUGGCAUUGUUCUAGGGAGUUAUUUUUUCUGUGAUGGAUCUCCCUGCAUGAUUAUGAAACAUUUGUGGAAAACGCUGCAUCUAGAAUGAAGUGCUUCAUUUUUCAUUAUCAGGUAGUGACACUAAAAUCUGUAGUUUAGUGUCUAAGUUUUAGAUCUCUGCUCCCAAACUUCUUUGUUGUUGAGCUGCAAAUGUUUUGACAUUUUAUGCUUUGCCUCUUUCCAUAGAAUUGAAGAAAUGUACAACCAAACAAGCCGUUGUUGAGGAUAUUAAACAGUUGAAUCAAUUAGUUGUUUAAUUUGCAGCUAUUAAUCAACUAAUCAAGAAAAGAAUCCUUAUAUUAAUCGACAAUAAAACAUACAUUUUACAUUUAAGUGUUUUGGGUGGAUAUUUCCUUUAAUAAAACCAGUUGUCCCUGGUUCAGCAAAAUCUAUAGAUGUUUCUUCUGUUUGAAUUCAUGAAGCCUUCAGAACACACGUGCGACGCUAAGUGCCUUUCAUUUUACUGUCUUUUUUUUUAUUUUAAAUUUAACUCAAAACCCAAUGUUGUUUUACCGUCUCCUGCUCAUCCACACAUCAUACCCACCAGACUAUCACAUGGACUAUCUGCCUGUUUGUUGUCUCUCCAGGGUUAAACCCAACUUCUUCCACCGGCUUGCCUUUAAUAGGUGUAUCCGACUCUCCGUCCCAUCUCGUCACAGAACGAGUUCAGAUCAGAAAGCUAAAAGGCAUGAUCGCUUGUAAAGGAAUUAAAAUUGCAGACAGCUCUGCUUAAUUUACAUUUGUGCCAUGAUCUGGCUGCAAAAUCAUUCAUGACAUUUCCUGGAUCAACAAUUUGUUAGAUUUUUUUGUAUUUGUUAUGCCCUAUUAUAUACAUCGGCCUUAAAGGAAAUGAUUUUCUGUAUAAUUUCUCUACAUAAUCGACCACAAGGUGUCGGUGUAAAACAGAAAAAAUAAAUGUAUUUGAUGUCCGCUUGCGAGUAAUAGGUCAAAGUGUGCUUCGUUUUUUGCUUAGUGUGAAACUGAAACGCUCAAUAGUUAACUGUUUCAAGAAUGUAGCAGUUUGUUUGUUGAUAUCUGUCUUCUGUGUGUGUGAUUUGUAUUUUUUAAUGUUAAAAAUAAAUAAAAAUGUGUGUAUGUUUGA